GCUCUGAAUCUGCUGAUCUGUCAGCAGGCGGUGCCUCCUCCUCCUCCUCCUCCUCCUCCCUCCUCCUCUUCCUCCUCCUCCUCCUCCUCUCUGCUGCACCUCAGAGACCGGCCGACACCAGCCGGUGUACUGAACUGUCUCUCUGCAGCAGCCAGCUGAUCAUGCACUAGAUAUAUCCGACCAUCAUGGAUGAUAUUCGGUAGCUGAGGCUGAGAUGUUCAGAUGGACCGACCGUCCUCCUCAUCUCAUCCUCUGCAGGUGUAACCAGCAAGCCAUGAUAAGGAGCUCUAGUGCUGCAGGGAUGGACUACUUCUGGCUGUCUGCUGUAGUUUCACCCUGUUUGUCCUCUGAGCUGGUCUGACUGGUCCAGCUGGUUUGGUGAGAAGAUCAGAUCCUCAGUUUCAUCCAGCUCAGCAUGUCCUCCUCGGUGGUGUCCAGGCUGGGUGAUCUGCCCAUGGACAGCUGGAUGUCUCACCUGCCACCUGCUCUGUGGGACACCCCACUGUACCACCUGGCCAUCCCAGGCAGCCACAACGCAGUAACGUACUGUCUGGAUAUGAACGACAGAUCCCCCGUUGACCUCACGCAGCCAGACAUGCUGCAGAAGCUGGACAAAUACAUGAAGCCUUUCAUUCGCCCUUUUGUGUACAAGUGGGCGAUAACCCAGGAGUUCACUAUAAAGCACCAGCUGGACUGUGGAGUCAGAUACUGUGACCUGAGGAUCGCUCACCGGCCCAACGACAGCUCCAACGACCUCUACUUCUACCACGGCGUCUACACCACGCUCACUGUGGAGACCGUCCUGAUGGAGAUCAGAGAGUGGCUGGACGCUCAUCCCCACGAGGUGCUCAUCCUCUCCUUCAGCCACUUCCUGGGUCUGAACCAGGAGCUCCACAUGCUGCUGCUCACAACCAUCCGCAACGUAUUCACCUCCAAACUCUGUCCCAAAACGGAAGUGUUAACUCUUCGAAACCUGUGGGCUUUAGGCUACAGAGUGAUUGUGUCCUACGAAUACAACAUCGCCAGCUGUCACGUCGACCUGUGGCCUCAUAUCCCGUACUGGUGGGCCAACAAAUGCAAAGCUGAGGCUCUCAUCGAGGAGUUCGAACACCGGAAACAACACGGCCGACCAGGAGGAUUCUUCGUCACAGGAAUUAAUCUGACGGAGGACCUGAAAUACAUCUGCACCCACCCGACGGAGUCCCUGAAGGACUUGGUGAUGUCCACGUACCCGGCGCUGCUGAGCUGGGUGAAGGAGCAGACGCCCGGCUCCAAGGUCGGCUCGCUCAACAUCAUCGCUGGAGACUUCAUCACCGAGAGCCAGUUCGUACCGACCGUCGUCACACUGAAUGAGAAACUACUGAAAUGGUCCUCGUGACUUUGCACCAGAGACGUGGACUCGAGUCAGACUCGAGUCACAAAUUUGACACAGUCAAAAAAAGACUUGCAACUGGACUUGGAUUUUAACACCAGUGACUCGUGACUUCACUUGGACUUGAGCCUUUGGUCUUGAAAAUACUUGAUACCUUCUCCCAGGUUAUUUAAAAAGUAUGUUAUUUAAAAAAGUGUGCCAUGAAUCAUUUCAUUUCCUGAAUCAACUAACGUUGGCGCUCUUCAUUCCCAGCAAGUCCAGCAUCCAAUCAAGUCGCAGGAAAAAAACAUGAAGAACUAACGUAACGUUAUGUUACGGAGCGUCUGUUGGAAAAAAUAAAACCAAAACCACGAACAAAAACUAUGCAGUUGGUCAACAAAGAAAAAAUUGCAGUUUGCAAAAAACGUGUCAGACGGAGACACAAAUGGCAUUAGAUCUGGUGAAGAGCGCAUUAUGACUUGUUUAGGACAAUGAACUCAACGUUUAGGACUUGGGACUGGAGUUGGUACUAGCCUGUUUGACUUGGGGCUUGUCUUGACUUGGGUCUUGUCCUGGGACUAGCCUGUCUUGAUUUGGGACUUGUCUUGGCACUAUCCUGUCUUGACUUGGGACUUGAGUUGGUACUAGCUUGUCUUGACUUGGGACUAGCCUGUCUGGACUUGGGACUUGUCUUGGCACUAGCCUGUCUUGACUUGGUGCUAGCCUGUCUUGACUUGGGACUUGACUCGGGACUAGCCUGUCUUGACUCGGAACUAGUCAGUCUUGACUUUGGACGUGACACUAGCCUAUCUUGACUAGGGACUAUCCUGUCUUGACUUGGGACUUGACUCGGGACUAACCCGUCUUGACUCUGAACUCGCCAGUCUUGACUCGGAACUCGCCUGUCUUGACCUGGGACUAACCUGUCUUGACUUGGGACUUGACUCUGGACUAGCCUGUCUUAACCCGGAACUAGUCAGUCUUGAUUUUGGACUUGAGUGCAAAGACUUGAGACUGACUUGUGACUUGCUAAACAACGACUUGGUCCCACCUCUCCUUUUCACCAGUUUGCAUUAUUCUAUAAAAUGUGAAUCACAGCAUGAAACCCAGCCGAGCUUGUUUAUUACAGAACUACUUGAAUUAUUCAUUUAAAUAUAAAAGCACUGAUCUGAUUUAAAUAUAGAAUCACUGAUCUGGAGUCGGUGAAACGUAAACUUCAGUCCUGUUUGUUUACAUUCAGUUCACUAUUUAUGCAACGUACUGUACCAGUUUUCACGAGUCAGCGAAGGAGCAAUAACUAAUCUCACCUUGACGUUCUAGAUGAGCACAAACUGUGUAUUCAACGAGCACAUAUGACUGUAACGUAGGUCACACACACUUUUAUAACUAUGACAACAUGUGGGCAGCAAGUUUAAGAGUUCUUUAUCACCUACAGGAUAUCUAUUAAUCCACUGAGAAUGUAGAAAAGACAUGAAACUUAUGCAAAAUGCAUGGAAACCUAAUGUGCAUGAACCAUGACUGUUUUACUUCUGAUUGAGCCAACAGGUUAUCGGCCUUGUUUUAAAAUAGUGCUGCACCGCUGUGCCUGUGAUGACAUGAUGCUUUUACAAUAAACAUGAAUAAUGAAUAAACAUUUUUUAAAGCAAA